GAUCGCGCUUGAAUGAUGCUCGAUUGCUGGUGACCUUGACAUUUUCUAUCAGCAAAAGGAUCAGGACAUAAUUUGAUGCUAAAAUAUAUCGAAUGGACAGUAUGGACACGAAACUGUACAACAAUCCUAUCUCAAUACACUACUGCCAUCGGUGUAUCCAAAUAUCUGAGCGAUACUCCAGACAGGGGUAGCCCUUCUUCGUCUACUUUUUAAAAGAGGAUUUCCCUCGUAGUACGGCAGCUAUGGCUAGACCUUUUGCACGCUACUCAGAGGAUUUAGCCCUCUGCUAUCUUAAUGACUUCGCUAUUAAAAUCCCAUGCCCUUAGAAAGUACGGAACCUCCUCACACGGCGAGUCUCUGUAGUAUAUUGUAGAAAGAUCAAAAGCGGUGCGAAUCCAUACAGCACUCUCGACAUGAUCGCUAGUUGUAGUGUACGGUUGUACAAGGAAUUCAAGUGUUGAUUGCAGAACUGUCACGAAAGUGCUACCAGCGGUUUAACACAUCAGCAGUUCACUUGCAAUAUCAAAUCGGGUUCACGGAUCAAAUUCGGGCUGGACCCGACCCCAUGAUCGAUGAUCCUCGACAACCCUCCUACGAUGGCAAUCCUCGCACAAAGCAGCAGGUCAGAUAUCGUCCGGUCCAAUCAGUCACUAUCUAUAAUGUGGAGAACGGUGGGUGAUGCACUGCUUUCGGUGCCCCAUUGCUGGGCCAAUCGUCGCUCGAUAACGUAUCCACGGAGCGAUAGGCAGCGAUAAGAACCGAGCAGGCGGCCAUCGACGCGCCUUUUGCAGCGGCACGGUGGCCGCCCAGUGUUGGGUAUCGCGUUCAGUCGAGUUUCGGACACCUUGGGCGUUGUGCUCUCUCUCUCUCACACUCCCUGUUUCCCUCGGCAAAAAAAAGGGGAAAAAUGGCGUCACUAGGCAAACUAUCAACUGUCACCGGUGCAGCGUGGAUGCUGUUCGUUCUGCUGCUCUCCAUGAUCGACACAAUAGGCUGCCAGGCUGCGUCUGAUCCACGAAUCGUCGGAGGAUUCCCGGCCGACGGAACCAGCACGAGACAUCAGGUAUCGGUGCGCAGCAAGUCGAGCGAUGUGGCAUCGUUCGGCCGGGGCCACAUAUGUGGCGGUAGCCUGAUCAGCCUCGGUACGGUACUGACGGCCGCCCACUGCCAGGUCGACGAUCGUGAUCGGCCCCGCCCGGCCAGCUACUUCCGGGUCGUCGGUGGUGGCACGGCGCGCAGUAUCCAGACCCCCAACACCUUCAUAUCGGACGUGAAGCGGAAUGUCGUGCACGGGAGCUACCGGUCGAACGGUUUCCUCAACGACAUCGGGCUACUCAUCCUAUCGAAGGAGGUGGGAGCCAACCAUCCGACGCUGCAACCGAUCCAGCUGGCGAACCGAGUGCCCCCGAACGGUACCCUCUGUCAGACGAGCGGCUGGGGCAGCACAGCCUUCGGUGGACCAUCGACCGAGCAGCUGAUGGCGGUCAAUGUGACGAUGAUCGCCACGAGCAUGUGUAACGGUCUGGACAGCUAUGGCGGUUCGAUCGGCUUUGGAAUGCUCUGUGCUGGCAAUUGGACGGGCGGGAGAGACGCCUGUCAGGGCGAUUCGGGUGGGCCACUGGUCUGCGAUCGCGUCCUGGUCGGUGUCGUAUCGCACGGGUUCGAGUGUGCCCGGCCCCGGCUACCGGGCGUGUACGCUGACGUCGUGGCGUACCGGGACUGGAUUGCCAGGAAUGGAACGAUCACCAUGGUCGCCGCCACCUGGUGGUGGUGCCUGGUGGUAGCGCUCAUCUCGACAAUUCUCGCACACCGCUGAUACUGCACGUCUCCGCUUUGUGGUUACUAUUUUUGCCCCCCUCCUUCUUUUAAUCCCAAAUAAACAUACAAGCUAGUGACCACU